GUGAGUAAGCCCACGGCACAGCUAAGUGCAGCCGCCCGCCUCUGUCACCGGGAGACAGUCCACUUAAAUGCAGCUCCAGGGUUGCGAGGCACCCACCAGCAUCAUUCCCCGUGCGAGGUGGCAAAUGCAACAUGCUCUCCAGCUUGGGGUGCCUACUUCUCUGUGGAAGUAUUACACUAGCCCUGGGAAAUGCACAGAAAUUGCCAAAAGGUAAAAGGCCAAACCUGAAAGUCCACAUCAAUACCACAAGUGACUCCAUCCUCUUGAAGUUCCUGCGUCCAAGUCCAAAUGUAAAGCUUGAAGGUCUUCUCCUGGGAUACGGCAGCAAUGUAUCACCAAACCAGUACUUCCCUCUUCCCGCUGAAGGGAAAUUCACAGAGGCUAUAGUUGAUGCGGAGCCGAAAUAUCUGAUAGUUGUGCGACCUGCUCCCCCUCCAAGUCAAAAGAAGUCAUGUUCAGGUAAAACUCGUUCUCGCAAACCUCUCCAGCUGGUGGUUGGUACUCUGACACCGAGCUCGGUCUUCCUGUCCUGGGGUUUCCUCAUCAACCCACACCAUGACUGGACAUUGCCAAGUCACUGUCCCAAUGACAGAUUUUAUACAAUUCGCUAUCGAGAAAAGGAUAAAGAAAAGAAGUGGAUUUUUCAAAUCUGUCCGGCCACUGAAACAAUUGUGGAAAAUCUAAAGCCAAACACAGUUUAUGAAUUUGGAGUGAAAGACAAUGUGGAAGGUGGAAUUUGGAGUAAGAUUUUCAAUCACAAGACUGUUGUUGGAAGUAAAAAAGUAAAUGGGAAAAUCCAAAGUACCUAUGACCAAGACCACACAGUGCCAGCAUAUGUCCCAAGGAAGCUAAUUCCAAUAACAAUCAUCAAGCAAGUGAUUCAGAAUGUUACUCACAAGGAUUCAACUAAAUCCCCAGAAAAAGCUCCCUUGGGAGGAGUGAUACUAGUCCAUCUUAUUAUUCCAGGUCUUAAUGAAACUACUGUAAAACUUCCUGCAUCCCUAAUGUUUGAGAUUUCAGAUGCACUCAAGACACAAUUAGCUAAGAAUGAAACCUUGGCAUUACCUGCCAAAUCUAAAACACCAGAGGUUGAAAAAAUCUCAGCACGAUCCACGACAGAGACUCCUGAAACAGUUCCAAGAACCACUAAACCCACUACGUCUAGUGCAUUAGAUGUUUCAGAAACAACACUGGUUGUCAGCAAAAGGACCCCGGAAACAUUGCAAACCGUUCUAAUACCUCAGUUUGAAUUGCCACUGAGCACUCUAGCUCCAAAAAGGCUUCCAGAAUUUCCUGAGGCAAAAACACCCUUCCCUUUUGAGAAACCUGGGGGCACAUGGGCUUCAAGUGAAAAGCCAUGGACUGUGCCUACAGCUAAAACAUCAGAAGAUUCCAAAGUUCUGCAGCCUCAAACUGCAACUUACGAUGUUUUCUCAAGCCCUACAACAUCAGAUGAGCCUGAGAUAUCAGAGUCCUACACAGCAACAAGUGAUCGUAUUCUGGAUUCUGUCCCACCUAAAACUUCUAGAACUCUUGAACAGCCAAGGGCAACACUGGCUCCAAGAGAAACACCAUUUGUUCCUCAGAAACUGGAAAUCUUUACCAGUCCAGAAAUGCAGCCUACAACAGCUGCUCCCCAGCAAACUACAUCUAUCCCUUCUACACCUAAACGACGCCCCCGGCCCAAACCGCCAAGAACCAAACCUGAAAGAACCACAAGUGCUGGAACAAUUACACCUAAAAUUUCUAAAAGCCCUGAACCUACAUGGACAACACCGGCUCCCAGUAAAACACAAUUUAUUUCUUUGAAACCUAAAAUCUCUCUCAGCCCAGAAGUGACACACACCAAACCUGUCCCAGAACCCCAGACUCUACUGCCAUCACAGUCAACAAUAGGGCCUGAAACACUGGAAACCAAACCUUCAACAACAACAUUAGCACCACGAAAGACCAAAAGACCAGGUCGUCGCCCCCGCCCCCGUCCCCGCCCUAAAACCACACCUAGUCCAGAAGUGCCCAAGUCCAAACCGGCUCUGGAACCUGCCACGAUACCACCGGAGCCCUUGGUGCCCACAACUGCCUCAAAACCAUCUGAGAGACCUAAAACCACACCCAGACCAGAUGCACCUCAAAUUCAGCCUGUCUCUGAGCCUGUUGCAUUUGAAACGGAAGCUCCCUCGAUGACCAUAGUUCCCACCACAGACAUUAAGCCUGUAACUGUGAGAACUGAGGCUCCAGUGACAACAUUAGCUCCAAAAACAUCGCAACGAACAAGAACACGUCGUCCACGUCCCAAACAUAAAACCACGCCACGCCCAGAGACACCGCAGACCAAACUAGACUUUGGACCUAUUACUCCUGGGACAUCUUCAGCUCCAACAACAACAAAAAGAACCCGUCGUCCACAUCCCAAACCUAAAACCACGCCCCAUCCAGAAGUACCUCAGACUAAACUGGUUCCUGCCACAAUCCUCGAACCAGUUCUUAGAACUGAGGCUCCAGGGACAACAGUAGCUCCCAAAGUGCCUCAACGAACUCGUCGUCCACAUCCCAAACCUAAAACCACACCGAGUCCCGAAGAGCUUCAGACUGAACUGGUUCCUGCUACAAUCUUUGAACCAGUUUCUCCUAUAAAAGAGGUUCCAGGGACAACAUUCGUUCCUGUUACAGACCUCGAACCUGUUACUUUUAGAACUGAGACCCCUGCAACAACCUUAGCUACCAAAACAUCAAAAAGAACCCGCCCUCCACGUCCCAGACCUAAAACUACACCGAGCCCUCAGGCACCUGAGACCAAACCCGUUCCUGCUACAGUCCUAGAACCUGUCACUCUUAGACCUGAGGCCUCAACAACAUUAGCUUCCAAAACGUCACAACGGACACGUCAUCCACGUCUCAGAACAAAAACCACACCACAUCCUGAAGUACCUGAAUCUAAACCAGUUCCUACUGCAGAGCUCAAACCUGUUACACUCAGAACUGAGACUUGGGUGACAACACAAGCUCCUAAAACAUCACAACGAACUCGUCGUCCACGUCCCAAAACUAAAACCACACCAAGUCCUGAGGUUCCUCAGACCAAACCGGUUCCUGUUACAGAUCUUGAACCUGGUACUCUCAGAACUGAAGCUCCAAAAACCAUGGUUGUUUCUACAGUCCUUGAACCUGAUACUUUUAGAACCAAGAUUCCAGAAACAACAUUAGCUCCUAAAACACAACGGACACGUCGUCCCCGUCCCAGACCCAAAACUACAUCAAGUCCUGAAGUACCUCAGAACAAAUCGGUUUCUGUUACAGGCUUUGAACCUGUUGUUCAUAGUACUGAUGCUCCAGGAACAACAUUUGCUCCCACUGACCUGCAAACUCUUAUUCUGAAACCAGUGACAUCACCAAGCCUAGAAAUGACAGAAAGUCGACCUGUUUCUGAUGUUCUGGAAUCGGUUACAUUUAGUACUGAGUCACCAAAGGAGACUAUAGCACCAGCCAAAACAGACUAUGUAUAUCCCACUGCCAAAGCACCACUCUGGCCAGAGGAGCCAAAGACUGAAGUUGUGGAAUCUGUUACCUAUGUGUCUGAACCACCUGAGACCACACUAGAAACGUCGCCUCUGCCUUCUCAAUCUAUAACCCUACCCAGCCCAGAUGAGCCUCAGACUGAACCCGCUCCCAAGCAGACACCGCGUGCUCUUCCUAAGCCAAAAACAUCGCCACGCCCAAGAAUUCCACAAACACAACCAGUUCCUAAGGGGCCCCAGCGUGUUACUGCAAAACCAAAAACGUCACCGAGUCCAGAAGUGUCAUACACCACACCUGCUCCAAAAGAUGUGCUCCUUCCUCAUAAACCAGACCCUGAGGUCUCUCAGAGCGAACCUGUUCUGCAACCUGUUACCUUUAGAUUUGAGCCACCAAAGACAACAAUAGCUCCUCUAGAGACACGAGGCAUCCCUUUUAUACCCAUGAUUUCCCCAAGUCCUAGUCAAGAGGAACUACAGACCAUUCUGGAAGAAGCAGACCAAUCCACCCAAGAACGUUUCACAACUAAGAUUCCACGAACAACUGAACUGGCAAAGACAACUCAGGCGCCACACAGGUUUUAUACUACUGUGAGGCCCAGAACAUCUGACAAGCCACACAUCAGACCUGUUCUGAAUAGGACAACUACAAGACCUACUAGGCCCAAACCCAGUGGGAUGCCCAGUGGGAAUGGAGUGGGAACAGGAGUCAAGCAAGCACCCAAGCCAUCAGGUGCUGAUAGAAAUGUAUCAGUGGACUCUCCCCACCCCACUAAGAAGCCGGGGACUCGCCGCCCACCCUUGCCACCCAGACCUACACCCCCACGAAGAAAACCUUUACCACCAAAUAAUGUCACUGGAAAGCCAGGAAGUGCAGGAAUCAUUUCAUCAGGCCCAAUAACUAUACCACCCCUGAGGUCAACACUCAGACCUACUGGAACUCCCUUGGAGAGAAUAGCGACAGAUAUAAAGCAACCCACAGUUCCUGCCUCUGGAGAAGAAAUGGAAAAUAUAACUGACUUUAGCUCAAGCCCAACAAGAGAAACUGAUCCUCUUGGGAAGCCAAGAUUCAAAGGUCCUCAUGUGCGAUACCUCCAAAAGCCUGACGACAGUCCCUGCUCCAUUACUGACUCCGUCAAACGGUUCCCCAAAGAGGAUGCCACAGAGGGGAAUGCCACCAGCCCACCACAGAAUCCACCCACCAACCUCACUGUGGUCACCGUGGAAGGGUGCCCCUCAUUUGUCAUCUUGGACUGGGAAAAGCCACUAAAUGACACUGUCACUGAAUAUGAAGUUAUAUCCAGAGAAAAUGGGUCAUUCAGUGGGAAGAACAAGUCCAUUCAAAUUACAAAUCAGACCUUUUCCACAGUAGAAAAUCUGAAACCAAACACAAGUUAUGAAUUCCAGGUGAAACCCAAAAACCCGCUUGGUGAAGGCCCGGUCAGCAACACAGUGGCAUUCAGUACUGAAUCAGCGGACCCAAGAGUGAGCGAGCCAGUUUCUGCAGGAAGAGAUGCCAUCUGGACUGAAAGACCCUUUAAUUCAGACUCUUACUCAGAGUGUAAGGGCAAACAGUAUGUCAAAAGGACAUGGUAUAAAAAAUUUGUAGGAGUGCAGCUGUGCAACUCUCUCAGAUACAAGAUUUACUUGAGCGACUCCCUCACAGGGAAAUUUUAUAACAUAGGUGAUCAGAGGGGUCACGGAGAAGAUCACUGCCAGUUUGUGGAUUCAUUUUUAGAUGGACGCACUGGGCAGCAACUCACUUCUGACCAGUUACCAAUCAAAGAAGGUUAUUUCAGAGCAGUUCGCCAGGAACCUGUCCAAUUUGGAGAAAUAGGUGGUCACACCCAAAUCAACUAUGUUCAGUGGUAUGAAUGUGGGACUACAAUUCCUGGAAAAUGGUAGAUGCUGCAAAGUUACCUUCUGUUUCAUCAUGGCAAACAAAAUCAUUGAAAAUACUAUGUCACAUUCAUUCAAAGCUAUUUUGUUUACUAUGUAUAAAAGUCUACAAUCUAAUAGCAAUACUAGAUGUUUAUUAUUAGAAAAGAUUGCUGAGAGUAUUUAUCAGGUUUUACAAAGUCAUUUUAAGAAAGCAAGAUAUUGAUGUUAACAGAAUAACAUUUUUGGGGAAGCUGGCUCCCUAUUCAUGGUAUUUUAAGAGAUCGUUUGUAUAUUAUUUAUCACACUGUUGUAAUGAUGUUUUGAGAUACUUUUAUAACAAAAUUAACAUCAAAAAAGGUAUAUACUUUUUAAAAAUAUUUACUUUUAUUGAUGUGUACUCUUCCUAUUGACGAGUUAAUUCCAUAAAUCUCUACUUAGUUUAACUUAUUGGAUCAAAUUAUCUUCAGCAUAUAUAUCUGGGGAAAAAAGGUCCGAAUUUUCACAUUUAUAUUUAAACUUCAAUUUUUUUUAGCAACAGCUGAAUAGCUUUGUGGAGGAGUAUAAUAGUUACACAUUCAUGCUAAUAAAUAUACAUUUCCUUUAAACAUCCACAAAUUCUUAAAAAGACUGAAUCAGUAAAUUUCAUUUCAGCUAAAAAUGAAGUCUAAUAUAUUGUUUCAAAAGAUACAUUUUUACACACCAUAAAUGUUACAAUAUCUGAAUAUGCUUUAUCAAACUAUCCCUUUAUGCAAUUGUCUUCAUAUUGUUUUUAUGAUUCUAAUCAAGCUGUAUGUACAGACUGAAUGUGAAGUCUGAGCACAAAAAUAAUGCACGAUGAGAUCGCCUACCAUUUUAUAGGAUAUUUACUAUGUAUUUAUACGUUAAGACCUCUAUGAAUGAAUGUAUCAGAGAAUGUCUUUUUAACUGUUUAAUUCAAUCUGUAAUAAAAAUCUGACUCAUUUCUAUUAAAAAAGUAUUUUCCUUUAGGUGGGGAAUGGGAAUCCUUGCUGCACUGUUGCAGUCAUUCUGAAAGGACCUUUCCCUGUACUUACCUUUCAACAUGCUUCAAUCUUAUCAAUGCUACAUUUUGUAUUUUUCAAAUAAGUAUAAAUUCUGCAAUAAAGAGAUGAUGUAAUUUUUUUUAA